AUGUCAUUAUCAGAAAAGUCCAUCAAUACAGUAGGUAUUGACUCCAAAAUGAAGAGUGGAACACCCUUGGAAAAGCCUUCCACGGGGAAAGGCGCUAUCAGCAAUAAGUCAGGUCAGCAGCAGCAAUCUAUGCCACGACCUAUUUUAUUUAAAAGUGGCAGUUCGGCAAGCUCGAUUGCAUCGAGACAGUCAAAUUUGCCACCGUUGAACACCACAUUCGACAAAACUCAGAAAAGCACACAGCCCAUAUCGCAACCAACGCCCUUGGGGGACUCGGUUCCAUACACUCCUUCGACUCAGGCGCACACCUCUGGUGACUUGCACUCUGAAUCAAGUACGCCUAUGAAGUCAGCUAGCUCCAUCUCCUUCCAAGUGCCCACCGUCAACCCUCAGAAACACCGUGGUUCCAUUAGUGCUCGACCUUCAACCACUAAACUAUCCCUUCUGGAAUCUCCUGCUUCUGGAGUCCCAAGUACAAGACAGCCUUCUGGUACUCAUCCUCCUGCAGCGUUGGCUCACGAAUUCCCUCACCAGGUCAAACAUAUGGAUGCUGGGUUGACGAAAACAACUCCGACAACAACCGUACCGCUUCAUUCCGCUAUCGGAAAAGAGUCAAGAGAGCAUAGCGUUUCGUCCAUUCUUAGCGACAGACACGCCAGCUCGCAUUCGUCUCCAAGAAAUAUAUCGUCCCCAUCUGGCGUCACAUCGCCUGUUCCCUUUGACUUGGGUCCCCAGUCAUCUCAAAACUCUACCGUUGGAAGUGACAAUUUUCAGAACGAGAUUUUGUUUCAGCCGUUGUCAAGCGAAGUUCGCGUGCACUCCCCUCCAAUGCCUUCCAGGAAGAAGACCACUACAACGCCUAAAACAGUGGUUUCGACUCCAACGGGUCCGGUGGUCCCAUUCACCGAGUAUCUCAGCAAAGAAGACGAUGACAAAAUUCAUAUUCUGAUUGGUGCCACUGGCUCGGUGGCCACGAUCAAGAUCCCAAUGAUAAUUGACAAGCUUUUCAAGCUAUAUGGAGUUGAUAAGGUCUCGAUCCAGUUGGUGGUUACGCAAGCCGCAGAGCACUUUUUGCGUGGACUCAAAAUUUCUACAGAGGUGAAAAUCUGGAGGGAGAACGAAGAGUGGUCGACACCGAUGACGAAACCUGGCGACCCUAUACUGCAUGUUGAGUUGCGAAAGUGGGCAGACAUUUUCUUAAUAGCUCCUCUUUCUGCCAACACUCUUGCGAAAAUUGCCAAUGGUAUUGCCGACAACUUGCUCACAUCGAUAAUCCGGGUGUGGAACCCAGCCAUUCCAAUCAUUAUGGCUCCCGCAAUGAAUACACUGAUGUACACACAUCCGAUUACAAAGAAACACUUUGCUGUCAUCAAGGAGGAUUUCAAAUUUAUUGAGGUGCUGAAACCGAUUGAGAAGGUGCUUAUAUGCGGAGACAUAGGAAUGGGAGGAAUGAGAGAAUGGAGCGAGAUUGUUGACAUUCUCUAUCGGAAGAUGAAGACUUUACAGGCAGAAAAGCUAAGGAGGGCAAACGAGAGGAUUGAAGAGGAGGAGGAGGAAGACGAAGAAGACGAAGAAGAAGAAGACGAAGACGACGACGACUUUGACGACGACGAAGAUGACGAUGAAGACGACGAUGUGGAGUCCACGGUCGUCGAAUCGAAGCCGUCCCGCGGAUGA